AGUGCGGGCAGCGGCCGGUCUCGGACGGCGUCUCCGUCUCCCGGAUCGUAGGCGGACACAACGCCCGGCUGGGAGCGUGGCCGUGGGCCGUCAGCCUCCAGAGCCACCAAACCGGCCCACGCUUCGCACACGUCUGCGGUGGUGUCUUAGUUAACAAGAAAUCAGUACUUACGGCUGGCCACUGCGUUACAGGAAGGAAAGACCCAUAUUCCUGGAGAGCUGUUUUGGGCGUGCAUAACCUUUGGAAACACGGCAAACACACGGCAAGAAGAUAUAUCAGAAGCAUCACUGUGCACCCAGACUUCAAGAGAGAAACGUUUGAGAACGAUAUUGCGUUGUUCGAACUCGAUGCCGCGGUGCGCUACAGCGACUACAUCCAGCCCAUCUGCCUGCCUCCCGCACACCUCUACUCCAACACGGACAACGAGACGGAAUGCUUCAUCAGCGGCUGGGGGCGCACGGCGGAGAAAGGUAAAAUUUCGGCUGUGUUGAAAGAAGCACGAGUGGAAAUCAUUCCUUCCAGUGUCUGCAACAAGUCCGAUGCGUACGGAGGCGUGGUUAACAACAACAUGAUCUGUGCUGGCUCUCGGUUUGGAGGCACCGACACCUGUCAGGGAGACAGCGGUGGACCUUUAGCGUGCUAUCACCCCGGUACCAACAAGCACUACCUCAUAGGAAUUGCCAGUUUCGGAGUGGGCUGUGGCCGACCAAAAUUCCCGGGGAUCUACGUCCGUUUAUCUCACUACAGAAGAUGGAUAAUAUCUGAACUGUUGAGUAACGAGGCCGUGAGUCCCGUGAGCAUCCCACUUAGCAUCUUUCUGACUGUGGUGCACACAGUACUUGUGUAG